AUGCCAAAUAUGGGUGGCAUGGAUACUUCUGACCAGGGUACCCUGAAUAGAAUCAAUAAUCCACCGACCAAAAGACACAGCUUAACGUCUGGAGGGAGCCACCCACAAUCGAUAGCACUGGAGGAUGACAUGGAGGGAACGGAAACCAAUCGACCAUGUCUGCUUCCUGACAAUUCCCUAGCCGAGCUCCGGUGGAGUGAUAGCCAGUUAGAAGACAUACAAUUGCUGCUUGACCCGAUGCUGUUUGACCGAGUGGAGCACAACCACUGCCUGCAAUUGCCAUCUGCUGUUGGUGUUCCGUGCAUUGACAUUGAUCCUGCUGACACAUUCAGUUUCCUUGCCCGCAUUUCCAGCAAGGAGAGUGCAUCGCUGAAGACCCGUUAUGACUGCAGCGCAUUACUUCAGAAAGCGUGGGAAGGGUAUGGGGUGGCCGAUGAUACUGUUGGGAUUGGGAAGCAGGGGGCACUGCCAUUGACAGACCUUCCCUCUUCUCUCACUGAUCCACAGUCUGGCACUGCUACCAGCGAAUCCUGGUAUCACGCAUGGCUAUCUUCUGCGCAGGCCCCCUUGUCUUCGCGACCCGCAUAUCAAAUCAUACAUCAAAUCAGAAGGCUUUCGCAGCACUCCAGAAUUAUGCAUACAUGGUCUCCACAGGUCGAGAAGGACUGCAUUCGCUUUUUCAGUCCCAAUAACAUUGAGAGAUUUAUCAGGGCUUACUGGACCGCCUGGCAUCCUCAUUACCCAGUCAUUCACAAGGCUACAUUUUCGAUCACAAGUGCCCCCACGCACCUUACAGCAGCCAUGGCCGUCAUGGGGGCGUGCUUCUCACAAAAUGCGAACGAUAAUCACAGUGUUAAGCUAUGGCUGAAUAGUGUGGAGGAGAUGGUCUUCACCAACGAAUAUUUUGGAGACCUUAUGCUACAGGACCCGGCUACCGUGAACAUUCGGGAUAUUGUACAGCUCUUGCAGGCAGCAUAUUGUGUCUGUACUUUCCAAAUCAGCGAAGGAAGUCACAUUAGCCGACGGAGGAUUCGGCGUCAACGUUUUAGUAUGCUCGUUUCACUCGCUAGAGACCUGAGCCUCUUUAGCAUCACACACAGCAAUCUUGACUCACUACGUGGAAGUGACUUCUGUUGGGACACCUUUAUUGCGACCGAGGAGUGCAUUCGAACCAUGCUAUUCAUAUACAUACAUGACACUGGAUUUGCGAUCUUCAGCAAUUACCCGCCCCGCGUGAGAAUCCAAGAGAUGUCAUUGGGCAUGGCAUGUCCUGAGGCUUGCUUCCAAGCACAGACCGCAGCGGAGUGCCUCGCUGCUAUCCGAACGUGGACAGGGCAUCCGCUAUGGGGUUGCAGAAGGACAAUGCGUGAGAUCGUGCAGGUCAUGUUCUGUAAGGAUAUUAAGCACGAUGUGCGAGCUUACAUCUCCCACCUGGGAAUACUGAACCUUUGGAUUGUAUGCUCCGCACUUUGUGCCGAGGCCUUUCAGAUUAAUUCUCUUAUCAGUGUCGACACACAACUCCAGCCUAUACGGAGAGCGAUCCACAACUGGAAAUUAGCCUGGAACCAGCGAUUCGCGAUACAGGAUAGCUUUGGCUUGCCGAAGGAGGAGGAUAAUAUCCUAGUGGGUAAUGAAGACUACUGGCGACGCUUGGGCUUUUUUCAGAAUGCUUCCGAAUAUUGGUUACUGCUAAAUAUCCUCAUUCGAAGGAUUGACGAACGGCAGCGGAUCCGACAUGAUCAGUCGGUUCAAUCCGAUGUUGAACUCACCAACCCGGUCAUUGACAGGCCAUAUGCACCUUCGAGAUGGUUCGCGGGUCUCGGCACUGCGAUUGAAUGCCGUCGCCAGGGCCUCUCUGUCGCGGUUUAUGAGCGGUUCCCUGAAUUGAAACCACUGGGUGACAUAAUUUCAUUCGGGCGCAAUGGGGGCCGGAUCUUCGCACGCUGGGGAUCGGUGGUCGACCGCAUGCUACCUGUUAGCAUCAACCUCCAGGGCUAUGGGUUUCGUAUUCACAAGUACACAGGAGAACACGUCCAUACGCAAGAUACCGUGCCCCUAGAUCCACAGGCUCCCACAAUUAAUGGACAUCGAGGAGAGCUGCACCAGAUUCUGUUCAACUAUGCUCGAAAUGACCUUGAUAUUCCCAUUCAUCUCGGUUGUGAGGUGACCGGGUACUUCGAGAGCGCCACUGGGGCAGGAAUCCAGCUUGCAUCAGGAGAUAAGGUCUAUGGAGAUGUUGUCAUCGGCUCGGACGGUGUCCGCUCCCAAGCUCGAUCCUUAGUUCUCGGUCGUGAGACACAGCUCCAAUCGAGCGGCUAUGCGAUCUAUCGCGCCUGGUUUUCUAACGAAAAUAUCCUCGCCGAUCCGCUAACUCGACAUCUCUGCGAAAAUGGCGAUACAUUCAAUGGCUGGAUCGGUCCGGAUGUGCAUCUACUGGUUUCAACGUUGAAAGGAGGCCAGGACGUCUGUUGGGUACUCACGCAUAAGGAUGCGUCUGAUAUCACCGAUCGCUGGUCCUUUCCGGGUACGCUCGCGGACGUCUAUAAGGUCUUGGAAGGUUGGGACCCGAUCUGUCAGCGUAUCGUUUCGAAAACCCCCGAGUCGUCCCUGGUCGAUUGGAAGCUCAUCUGGCAAGACCCUUUGCCGACCUGGGUGAGCAAACAGGGACGUAUUGCUCUUGCUGGAGAUUCCGCCCAUGCAUUCCUCCCGACAUCUGCCCAGGGAGCAACACAGGCGCUGGAGGACGGUGUCACGAUCGCCAUUUGUCUGCGCCGGGCUGGCAAAUAUAGGAUCCCCGAUGCUUUACAUGCCUUCGAAAAGAUUCGGUACGAUCGCGUGCGCAAGGUGCAGGAAACAGGGAAAACCACUCGGGAUAAAUGGCACAAUGCAAGCUGGGAUAAUGUAAAACGAGAUCCCAAGGCCAUCGAACUGCCACGAGAAGACUGGAUAUUGAACCAUGAUGCAGAGCAAUAUGCCAGCCAGAUGUGUGAUCAAAUGUUCGGUGCCAUCAGGGUGAUUCUCAGCCAACAGUCAUUCGUGGAAAGUAGCAGUGACGAUGCUGCCUCUACCUCAGCGAAGGGCCACCAUCAACGUCGUGGAAUUGUCUUGGUCCCUCAACCUUCAGAUUCUCCAAAUGACCCUUUAAAUUGGCCACAGUGGCGAAAGGAUUUUAUUUUACUCAUUAUCAGUCUCCUCUCCGCGAUUGUGGGAGCAUAUGGACCCAUGUUAGGGCCUGGGUUUGUCGAAAUCUCGGAGGAACUCGACGUGAGCGUGAAUGAAAUAUCCCAAGCGACCUCCUACCUGGUGUUGGCGAUCGGAAUUGCUCUUCUUUUCAGCAACCCGCUGGCCAAAUGUUAUGGGAAACGGCCCGUGUAUCUGGUCUCCGGGCUGUUGCUCUUCGCAUCAAGCAUCGGGGCUGCCCUGACACACGACUAUAACUCGUUCCUGGCCUGUCGGUUGGUGGGAGGCUUAGGAAUGGGUCCGUUUGAGGUCCUUGUGCAAUGUACGAUAGGGGACCUCUAUUUUGUGCAUGAACGCGCCUCGCGCAUCGCUUUUUGGAACCUCUUCCUGGUGAGCGGGAUCUCCGCCGGGCCGAUCGUGAGUGCGUACAUCAUCCAGUAUGCCGGGUAUCGCUGGACCUUUGGCGUCUGUGCCAUAUUUUACGGUGUCCUGACUAUUGUCCUCUUCUUUCUUGCCCCGGAGACUGCAUAUAUCCGAGUGGUUCACACUUCUCACUCCUCCAAUGAGACCUCGAGUAUUGAGCAGCCGGACACGGAUGCCGUGCCAGGCAAGGACGUCCCUCAGCCGGGCUCUCAGAGGCUACACGAUAUUGAAAAGGAACCCCAAGGUCGACAUGAUCGACCGGAAGCAAACCAGUCUCCACCCAUCACCCAAGGAAAGGAUUCCUAUUGGAGGUCCCUGCGAGUGUACACGGGCAGAUACUCUCAGGCCUCACUCGUGAAGGUUAUCAGCCGCCCCUUGAUCUUGUUUCUCUACCCUGGAAUCCUGUGGGCAUUUCUAACCUGGGGUACAACGAUCACGUUCACGAUUGCUUUUAGCUACGUCAACGGGGUGAUUUUCAACGAGCCUCCGUAUAACUUUACCACUUCGCAGAUUGGUCUAAUCAACAUUUCGCCAUUAGUCCUGAGCGUGCUGUCCGAGAUCAUCUCCGGGCCUCUGUGUGAUCGAAUCUGUUUGUACUUGACGAAGAGAAACAACGGCUACUACGAACCCGAAUUUCGGCUGGUCCUGAUGGUUGUGGGCUUCGUGCUUGGUGUAGCUGGGUUCUAUGGGUUUGGAGCUACCGUCCACUACAAGACACACUGGACUGGGCCCGUCAUCACGUACGGGCUGGUCAAUGCCUCCCUGGCAUUUUGCUCGACGUGUGUCUUCGGAUACAUCAUUGACGCCUACACUGCCCUGGGUGAGGAGGCCUUCGUGGCCGUCAACUCUCGGAACUUCCUCAGUUUCGGCAUCCUAUAUGUGAUCAAUGAAUGGCUCGCAAAGGACGGAACCCUGAAAGUGUUUGUUGUUCUCGGUAGCCUUUUUAUCUUCACCAGCCUUCUCACCAUACCGAUUUGGGUCUUUGGCAAGAGAUUCAGGGCAAGGAUUGACAAGAUCGUCUGGUUGAAGAACUACAUGCGGGACUCUUGA